AUGGUGUUUAGUUUAUCUUUCUUUCUUUCUUUCUUUCUUUCUUUCUUUCUUUCUUUCUUUCUUUCUUUCUUUCUUUCUUUCUUUGAUAAGCUAAACUGGUAUUUCAUAAUCAAUCUAUCUAUCUAUCUAUCUAUCUAUCUAUCUAUCUAUCACAGUCUAUUCGUUAUCUUUCUCUCUCUCUCUCUCUCUGUUUCUAUCUAUCUAUCUAUCUAUUCUAUUUAUCUAUCUAUCUAUCUAUCACGUUAUCUAUUCGUUAUCUCUCUCUCUCUCUCUAUCUAUCUAUCUAUCUAUCUAUCUAUCUCAUUCUGUUUCUAUCUUAUCUCAUUCUGUUAUCUAUCUAUUAUCUAUCUAUCUAUCUAUCUAUCACACGUUAUCUAUUCGUUAUCUUUCAAUCUAUCUAUCUAUCUAUCUAUCUACUUAUCUCAUUCUGUUUCUAUCUCUCUAUCUAUCUAUCUAUCUAUCUAUCUAUCUAUCUAUCUAUCUAUCUAUCACAGUCUAUUCAUUAUUUUUCAAUCUAUCUAUCUCUCUAUCUACACUUAUCUCAUUCUGUUUCUAUCUAUCUAUCUAUCUAUCUAUCUAUCUAUCUAUCUAUCUAGCUAUCUAUGCUCAUGUUUAUGUCGACGAGUCUUAGAAUAA